UAGUUCGGCGGCGGCACUUUGCGGCCUGGCCGGCGAUGCUCGGCGGCAGCCGCGGUGGCCUCGGUCGCCUGCGGAGCUGCGCCGGGCGGCUGUGGCGGGGCCGGCGGCGGGCGGCGGCCAUGGCCGGCGGCGGCAUGGGGCAGCGCAUGGUCUGGGUGGACCUGGAGAUGACGGGGCUGGACGUGGAGAAGGACCAGAUCCUGGAGAUGGCCUGCCUCAUCACCGACUGCGACCUCAACGUCCUGGCCGAGGGCCCCAACCUGAUCAUCAACCAGCCAGAUGAGCUUCUGGAUGGCAUGUCCGAGUGGUGCAAGGAGCACCACGGGAAGUCUGGCCUUACUAAGGCUGUGAAGGAGAGUAAAAUUUCAUUGCAGCAGGCAGAGUAUGAGUUUCUGUCCUUUGUACGACAACAAACACCUCCCGGUCUCUGUCCUCUUGCAGGUAACUCUGUUCAUGCAGAUAAGAAAUUUCUUGACAAAUACAUGCCUCAGUUCAUGAGGCAUCUUCAUUACAGGAUCAUUGAUGUGAGCACUGUCAAAGAACUUUGCAGACGCUGGUAUCCAGAAGAAUAUGAAUUUGCACCAAAGAAGGCAGCUUCUCACAGAGCACUUGAUGACAUCAGGGAAAGCAUCAAAGAACUUCAGUUCUACAGAGAUAGCAUCUUCAAGAGGAAAACGGAUGAAAAGAAAAGGAAACUAAUAGAGAAUGGAGAAAGUGAUAAAACUGCCAGCUGAUUUCUCAUCUUACCAAGCCAUCCCAUAGCACAUACUAGAUGUAUCUCCUGUUUCUUUUCUGUUUGCCAGUCUUUUGAGAAGCUGCACCCUUAUGUUACCCUGUUUCUUAGCAGUUGAUAAAACACAGAUGGAAGUCUGAGUUACUGCUUCUUUUCUGUUUGAGCGAGAAAUCUACUACUCAACUCUCAGCAGCUUCUUUGUUUGUACGUACUAGGUAAAAUACGCUGUUUGAUACUCCUCUUCCUCUGGUUUUAGAUGCAGUCUUUCACUACACAAUAAAAACAGUUAUGUUGAAGGAUGA